CCAGCGUGCCGCAGCGCUGCCUUUGUGCUCCCUCCGCACCUGAGCGCCGGGCUGGGAGGGACGGCGCAGGUGGAGGCGGGCACGGCAGCAGCUGCGGCGCAUCCCCGGAGCCGGGGCGGGGAGGACUCUAGUGCAUGAAGGACGUAAAUGAUAAUCCCAGAGGACCAUCUGUCCUGGAGCAGGCAUUGGAACCAAGUUACUAUGUGACUGAAAGGACUGAGUGCAAGUCAGAUGCUGUUAUGGAGUCAGUGGAUGAAGCUGAAGGACGGCAAGGAGAGCUGAGCAGGAAGGAGCAGUCCCUGAAAGCCUCCCAGAAAACAGCAGUGCUCGGUUGGCCUCCCCCGUGGAAUGGAUUAAUACCUGGACACAGCAUGUAUCUGUUUGUCCUCUCACAGAUACUGCUUCUCUGCAUGAUGCUGUGGUACAGCACUUACGGGACCAUCCCAGCAGCUCAGAAUGCCUUUGACCUGCUCUCUUACUUGCUUACCCCAUUUAAACAGGUUUUUUCAGAUCAAGGGGAGAGCCUGACUACAGUUGGGAGUGUUGUGGUUUCAUACAUCCUGCUGUCUUUGGCUUCUCUAGGACUGCUAUUUGUAGGAUCUCUGUUUUGGCACCUCCUCAGAGCCCCACCAGACCCCCCCUUUCCACUGCAAGAGGACAGACGGCAGUCUGUGAGCCGGCAGCCUUCCUUCACGUACUCAGAGUGGACAGAGGAUAAAAAUGAAGAUGACUUUCUAGAUCUGGAUCCCGUACCAGAGACUCCAGUCUUUGACUGCGUCAUGGACAUUAAAGCGGAGACAGACCCAGCUACUCUGACGGUUAAAUCCGUGGGCUUGCAAGAAAGGAGAGGUUCAAAUGUUUCACUCACACUGGAUAUGUGCACACCAGGCUGCUCUGAGCAAGGCUUUGGCUAUGUCAUGUCUCCACGGGAACAGUCAGCCCGGGAAUACCUCCAAACGGCCUCGAACAUCCUGACUGAAGAGGAGCUGCACAAGAAAGCACUGGAUCCUUUCAUACUCCAGGCAGAGUUCUUUGAAAUUCCAAUGAACUUUGUUGAUCCAAAGGAAUAUGAUAUUCCAGGCCUAGUGCGUAAGAAUCGCUACAAAACAAUUCUCCCAAAUCCUCACAGCAGAGUGUGCCUUACCUCAGCUGAUCAGGACGACCCCCUCAGCUCUUACAUCAAUGCUAACUACAUCAGGGGCUAUGGAGGAGAGGAAAAGGUAUACAUUGCUACUCAGGGACCGAUAGUAAAUACUGUCACUGACUUCUGGAGAAUGGUGUGGCAGGAGCGUUCUCCCAUCAUUGUCAUGAUUACCAAUAUAGAAGAGAUGAAUGAGAAAUGCACAGAAUAUUGGCCUGAGGAACAGGUCACCUAUGAAGGAAUAGAAAUCACAGUUAACAGAGUCAUACAAGCAGACGAUUACCGUUUAAGGCUCAUCACCCUAAAGAAAGGAGAAGAAGUCAGAAACCUGAAACAUUACUGGUACACGUCUUGGCCAGACCAGAAGACACCAGACCAGGCCCCUCCUCUGCUACAGCUAGUACUGGAAGUGGAAGAGGCCAUGCAGAGCGCAGAGGAGAAGAAUGCCCCAGUGAUUGUUCACUGCAGUGCAGGCAUCGGGAGGACUGGCUGCUUUAUUGCCACAAGUGUCUGCUGUAAACAGCUGAAGAACGAAGGCAUAGUUGACAUUUUGCGAACAGCCUGCCAGUUACGGUUAGACAGGGGAGGAAUGAUCCAGACUUGUGAACAGUAUCAAUUUGUGCAUCAUGUCAUGAGCUUGUACGGAAAGCAGCUUUCUAGAGCAGCAGAAGAAUAAGUGUUCAUGAUAUUCCUAAAGGCUAAAGCCAGGAGAACUUUUGACUGCGCUCAGAUAUAUUUCAGAUCUGAUAAGAGACACAUGGUAACCUGGCUGUCUUAGCUGGAAAGAUAUUAUUUUACUUUGUAUUGCUUUUAUGCUCUUCUUUGCAUUGACAUUAAAGAGCUGAGGUACGCCUUGUCUUAAACAUAUGUGACAGGACGUAAUCUUCACCAAAAAAAGGCUUAUUUAUACUGUAAAUAAUUAUAGUAGCUUCAUUUGUUACAAAAGCAAGAAAAAACAAAAACAAAAAAAGAUCCACUGUCUUCAAUUUGUUCUUUUUUAAAAGUUCAUUGCUAAUAUAUCCAAAUACAGUGUGAAACUUCUUGAAUUGUCAUGCUGAAAUGUGCCGUAUGUUGACUAAGCUUGAAAGUAAAUUUUUGCCUCUUUCUGAUUGUUUUUACAUAUAAAAUUACCGAAUACUGUGUGUAUCGUAAACCUUCUGAGCCUCUGCAUUGAAAGACUCAAGUAGAUUUGCAUUGAAAUGAUGUUUCACACAUCAUGUUUGCUUGUUUAUUUUUUCUAAAGCAGUCCACUACCAGUAUUAUCAGAACUAAGGGGGAAACAAGAUUUCAAUGACGUGAGUCAAAUUGUUCCCUCAAAUUCUUACCAGCAGUGUACCCCAGUGUCAUCACAGUGGGGUCAAUCUGAGUAGACAUUAAUCUGAACAUAAAUUCUUUGUGCUUUACCUUUUCUUUGUCAAUAUUUGGGCAUCUUAGUCAUCUGGCAAGCAGAUUGUAUUUCUGCAAAUAGUUUCUAUUUUUAUGUAGAAUAGAAU